AUGGAAAAUGAUGAGAUGAAGAAGACACAAGAAAUGAAGACUGAUCUAAACUUAUUAUUAGAGUGUCUUAAAUAUCAAAUGGACAACCCAUCUUCACAAAAGGAGGCUUUGGUUACUAUUUAUUCAGUCUGUCAGCAAAACAGUGAUGCAAGUAUUUAUUUUCGGGAGAUUGGUGGUUUGAUGUUUGUAAAAAACCUCGCAAAGUCAAGCAUUCACAGCAUGGUAAAGGAAGCAGCCUUAUUUACAUUAGGAGCUAUCGCUGAAUGUAAUGUUUAUUGUCAGCAAACUUUAUGUACUUCAGAAUUUUUUGAAGACAUUAUUUGGUUUCUGUCUAAGUAUGAAUCUAACAUAAAUUUGAAAAGAAUGUCUAUUUAUGUGAUGUUAGUCCUAGUUUCAAAUAACAGGACUGGGCAGACUCUUGUGAGAGAAACAGGCUGUGUUGGUAUCCUGCUACAGUUUUUCAGAACAGUUCUUUCCUUGUCUGAGAUGGAUUUGUCAAAUGAAACCAUUAACCAGAGUUACCAGCUGUGGUCUUCCGUGUGCAGUGCUUUGUGUGCAUGUGUAAAUAAUCCACAAAAUGAUGUCAACCAGAAAAUUUGCAGUUCAGUUUUUCAACAUGCAAAUAAGUGGCUUCAGAGCUGCAUAAAACCUGAAAUAAUUCGCCCUAUUUGCUCAUUUAUUUGCCUGACUGUUGCAAAUAACACACACGUACAGGAGUAUUUUAUAUCUAUUGGCGGACUGGCUGUAUUAUCUGAAGUUCUGAUAAAGCUGGAACAGGAUUCCCAUGGGAAUCUUCCUAGUGCUAAGCUGGCCGUAGUGGUAACUAAGACCCUGGAUGCCUGCAUCGCUGACAAUCCUGCUGUUGGGGUAGUACUUUCCAAAUACCACAUUGUAUCAAAACUUCUGACUCUGCUACUUCAUGAGAGUCUGGAUUCAGGGGAAAAAUUCAGCAUUAUUCUUACUCUUGGGCAUUGCACAGAAUCUUGUGAAGAGAAUCAGCUUCACCUCUUUCAGAAUAAUGGUCUUCCACUAAUGAUUCAAGUCUUAACUGAAUCACAGAAUGAAGAGCUAAACAAAGCUGCCACCUUUGUGCUGCACAACUGCAAAAAAAUUACAGAAAAAUUAUCUCUAAACCUCGAAGAAUCUUCUGAGAUGAAUGAAGCACAACAUUUGAAAGAAUUGAAGGUGAGAGAGAGGAAUAUUGAAGGCUUCUGGAAGAAAGCAAAAGAAAUUCUGCACAGAAUAGAACAGCUUGAAAACAAAGAAGAUGAGGAAAAAAGAGAAGGAAGAAAAUUGGUUGAUGAUUCUUUUCCAAGGAGCUUAAAUAUCCAAAAAACACCAAAAUGUCCUAGAGUAGACGGCACUGAUAGAGUUGCUAAUGCAGAAAGAAACCACCCCCAAAAGGAGUGUCAGCCUCAGAGUUAUACGCUGAACACUGCAGCCAAGGGUGAAGCCCCUGCAGGGCCUGAGCCCCAGAAUCUGUCAGGGAGUGACAAGACAAAUCCAGCCAGUGCCCAUUGUAAAGCGAGCGAGCCAGCCAGAGCUCUAAGCACCGCUGCUGUGCCCUCAGCUGCCAGCACCACCAGAAGUCCCAGCGUGUACCAAGGAGUGACUGGUGACAAAAGGUACCAGCGCAGCCUGCGGGCCCUUCAUUUGUACUCUGUCAGCAUCACCCUGAGACAGAUCUGGCUCCUUUUCUGGUCAUGUAACAGCUCUCUGGCUUUCUUCAACCAAGAAGUAGCAAGAUCUCCUUGUUGCCGGUGGCUGGGCAAAGACAAGAAUGGGGAAAUAGUUUUGUCAUCUGGUGCUAAAGAAAUUGAACAAGCUUGUAAAAAUCUAGCACCAGCUGUUAGAAGCAGAAAGCAUCAGUUACCAGUAACAGAUCCACUUAUGUUAUGUUCUGACAUCAUCAGCAAAGAAGUUUCCAACUUUCAAGGAAGUGACAAUUAUCCUAAAACACUGAAUUUCAGAUGUUCAGGUUGCAUAGAAGUAGGAAAAUCCCUGAAUAGCAGAAAUUUUAGCAGGCUCUUGCACUCUUGCCCAUUCCAAUGUGAUCGCCACAAAGUCAUUCUGGAAGCUGAAGAUAGAUAUAAAAGUGACCUAAGGAAAUCACUUAUCUGUAACAAAAAGAUAGUGUUGACCCCAUAUAAGAAAAAAAGAUUGAGGAAUGAAUAUUCUACACAUGAAGAAAGAAAGAAAUGAAGAUUUCGUAGAAACUUGACUGAAGAAAUAAGAAUCUCUCUUGUGGAAAAAAGAUGGGAAAUGAUGGAAAAUUCAAUUUUGUUGUCUUAUUUUCAAAAGACUGGACAGCUGUAGACUUUGCUUAUGCCACAGUUAUAUUGUU